AUGGAUGUGGCCUUGGCCCCUGGCGAUGGCAGCGAGGAAAGCCAGGAGAGCAGUGAGGACGACAAGUGUGCCGGAGCUGCAAGGGCCAUGCUAUGCCAUGCUUCUGCGCGACGAGAACUCAACUAUGACAGUCCAGUCUUCCUGAACAUCCGGAGGAGAAGUGUGGUGGGCCUUUCGCUGGACUACCAGAUUCUGAAUGCAUUUGGCUUUACUUGCUACUUCCUCUUCAACGCAUUGCUGUUUUGGUCACCGGGCAUUCGCGGGGCCUACCGGCAGAGCCACCAUGGCCAGGACAGCGCCGUGCGACUGAACGAUGUGGUCUUUGCCGGCCAUGCUCUCCUGGUCACACUUGUUACGCUGGCACAGAUAGGCAUCUACUACGACUACCCUCCCCUGGCGGGCAGUGAUCGCCUGCUGCGAUUCGCGGUGCUUGCCGCGCUGGGCCUUGUAGGUCUCUUCAUGGUGGGGGCUGCUCUCUACAUCGGCGCGUAUGAAGAGUGUUGCCUGAGCUGGUUGACGUUCCUAACCAUCACAGCAGAGGUGAAGGUGGCCAUCUCCGUGGUGAAAUACUGCCCACAAGUGUGGAUGAACUACAAGAGAAAGAGCACCGCCGGGUGGACCAUCUACAACGUACUACUCGACUUCACGGGAGGUCUGCUGAGCGUCGCACAGCUGCUCCUUGACGCUUCGCUGAGCAACGACUGGAGCAAGGUCUCCGGCGACCCUGCCAAGCUGAUGUUGGGGAAUGUGUCGGUUUUCUUCGACAUCAUCUUCAUUGUUCAGCACUUCUGCCUGUACAGGGAUGCUUCCCGCGGCAGGGCCUUGUGCGACACGCACAGCUCGAGCUCUGAAGCGCUCUAG